AUAUUAUUUGCAAUGGAGAGUUAUUGAAAGCAAUGUGGAUUUUGGCGACCAAUUUUCCUCCUAACCCUUUCCUUGUCGCCAUUCCAACAAAAACCAUAAUCCAUUGUUUUAUGGAGCACACAUUACAAUGAAGCGCAAUUUCCAACCUGCCAUUUCUAAUGAUAGUAGCCGUCGGAAGAGAACAAAAGUUGGAGAUCUUGAUCGUGAUAGACCUUUGACAUGCAGAAGAGAUUCUUCUCCCAUAUCCUUGAAAGAAAGACAUGUUACAUACGCAAAGAAUGCAAAAACUUCUGAGUUUGCAUUUUUUAAAAAGUUCAAGGAAGAUGCAAGCCAUAGAUUCAGCUCAUCUCUUCCUCGUCAGAAGGAACUUCAAUCAAAAAAGUUCAACUCGAGUGAUUGUUUCAGAGAGAGCGCAAGCCCUGUUGAAAACCGCUGUAAAGACUUCACAUCACAUCAUCUUGUUGAGAAGGUCACUCCUGUUAACUUUAACUCGUUGCAUUUACCUCUGGGUAAUCCAUCCAAAAUUUCAGAUGUAGAUGUGAAACACGCUCAUAAAACAUUUGAGGAUAUACAGAGCAAACAGAGGAACGUGGAAAAUGAUGAUAUUUUUAGUAGAAAGAGGCAGAAAUUACGUCAGUUCAUUCAGAAUAUGUCGUUCCGUGGAACGGGUGAAUCUUAUGAGAAGGGGUAUGGUGUUAUUUCCAGGCUACUUAGCCGGCUUAUACCAGAGAGAAAUCAUUAUAAGUUUAAUAAUAACUUGGAAAAAAUACAAAAGUUGCGUGGAAGGUGCUAUCCAAGGCUUGAUUAUGAGCAUCAUUUGAAUAAUAGUUUAUCACCUUGUCGUUUGAAUAAUUCAAGAGGAAGAUCUUCUUUUCAUUCUGAUUUCUCUACCAAUAGCAAUGACAACAAUUUCCAAGUUAAGUACAGAACCAAGGAGUUCGACUGCGAUGUAGACAGAAAAAUGACUUUGCUGGAUGUCAAUGGUUCACCUCUCACCGCUGCAGUUGAAAACUAUAGAUCAUUUAUUUCCAGCCUUUUCAAUCCGCAAUAUAGUUUAUAUGAUCAAGAUGAACAUUUGCACCUAAGAAAGCAAAAGCUAGAACCUCUUCUGCUUGGUUGGGAUACUGACUACAUAAAAGAUGAAAGUUCUUCUCAACUUACAGAGUUGAACACAUUUGCCAAGUCACCAAUUUCAUUCGCUGAUGAUCAUCAGCCAACCUUGCACGAGAGUUUUGGUGCUGUUGCGCUGUGUUCAUCCCCUUUCCCUUCCAGUAAUCGUAUAAACUUCAACUCAUUGCCAUACUCCAAUUUAGCCAGCUAUCAAAUCCAAGGAUUAAGUUGGCAAAAUGUAUCAAAGGAGGAAGAUAUUGAUGCCACUUUCAACAACCUGCAUUUGAAUUUCUCAUCAGUACCCAAAUGUCUUCAUCAAUGCAAUAGCUAUGUUGAUGACGGAGGCUGUCAUGACUUGUGUGCACAAAACGCUGAUUGGGUUAUGAAUAAUGUGGUGAAUGACGAAUCCCAACAUCCUUCUGUUGAAAGUCUGUGUGCUUCUGGCCUUGUCUUUGAUUUUGGAUGGAAAUACCUCUCAGGCUCAAAGGAACAAUGCCAAACAUCUUAUCAUAUACUUAAGUACCCACUGGAUGAAAUACAACCCACAGCCCUAAUCAAUGAAGAAUGGAGUAAUGACAGUUCAGAUGAUGUGCUUGUGGAUUAUGGACCGCCCUUCUAUAUCCAACCCGAGUCAUUCUUUCAAGAAGGGAAGGUAUACUCUGUAUUGACUGAUAAACUUAGCUGCUGGGAUGUAGUCAGAAGUGAAAUAAAUGUUGAUGAUAUAACUGAAAUGAAUUACAAAUGAUAGCAGCUUCAAUUUUUAAUGACCCUCUAUGCUUAAUCCUGUGUCCUCUUUUGGCCUAUCUUUUUAUUUUACAUUGUGGGGUAAAGAGAGAUGGAGAUUUCUGGCUAGAAGAUCAUUUCCACUAACAUAAUUGGGGAGAGGCGGAGGUUGCUUGGUUGAGAGAGAACUCAACAUGAUUUUCUUGGUGGAGAAUGAAUGAAAUAAACUCUGUCAGGUAGAUUUUUCAGGCUUGGAUGAAAAAACAUUUCAAAGAGCUUCAAGUUGUGUUGUAAACAAAAAGAUUCUUGGAUUGAGUCAUUUCUUGAGAAAACCACUCUUAUACAUCCUGUCCACAUAUUGCUUUUUAGUUGUUGCAUUUGGAUGAAAAUGGUAUUUGGAAGUCAUGGGAACACUGUGCAUUUUAGUGAAGCUAAAUGAUCUGAAGCCGAGCAUAGUUUUGUGUAUAAAGACAUCAAUUGCCAUCGUUUGUUUGUCAGAAGAAGAGGGUUGGUUAAUUGAACAAGUGACAACCACCUAAGAGGCCCUGCCUAGGCCAACGGCUCAACCUGCCACUGAUACCUACCCGAGUCCUUUGGAAAAUGUAUGAAUUUUUUUUAAUCCUUAUAAUCAACUUUAGAAAAUAACUGAAAGUAUAGUAUUUCUUUUCUUUAGAAAAAUGUAUAAAUAACUGGUAUUCCUAUGCAAUGAUUGAUAGUAGCGACAUAUUCUUUUAA